GGUAAGUAAAAUUUACCAUUUAUUUAAAAUAUAAUAUAAUGAUUAUAUUGUAGAGGACGUUCCUCCAACGGCUACUUAAUACAUACAUAUACUUGAAAAAGUAGGUUCUAAAAAGGACAACCGACCAUGACUUUUCACAGGUUGGCUUGGCGCUCCUGGUUGGAUCUAAAAAUUUAAAACUUAGCAUCUGCUAUAAAUCUUGAACAUUAAUGUGAUCACUUCUAAGAAACCCUUUAAACAUUCAAUCAAAAUGUUCCAAAGAAGAAGACCCAUUUUCCAUAAGGUCUCAAGAAUACUAAAAGUCUCGAUCUGUAGAAGACCAAUUAUCCCAAGACUCAAGCUUCCCAUAAAUCAGAGAAGAUCAGCCAAGAGGGUCAAGCAACUUCAGCAAUACAACUACAAGUUCCUUCAAGAGUAUCAAUUCUUACCUUCACGCACAUCCCUUAUCCGAUAUUGUAGGAAGCGAAUUCGCAUAUCUAGAUCGGGGCUUAAACAUAUUUACGAUUUAUUAAUUUUUUCACGGUGCAUCGGCCAAUGCAGUGAUGAAUGUGUUGUUGAUACAAUAACACAAAGUUGGAUAGAGAUGGAGAUAGAGCCACUGCAUUGUGCCCCUGAAGUUUCUUCUCCAUUAAGGGAGUUUUCAAAGCCUUUCGAUUGCUUUCACGAAGAUGAUUCGAUUGAUUUGAAGGCUGAGAGAUUCAUCCAAAAUUUCUACCACGAGAUGAGGAUGCAAAAGCGGGAAUUUUACUGAUUGGGUGUUAUAGUUACUUUUUGGAUUACGAAAUCGUUUAUGUUUGUAUUAAUUUCAUUUUCCACGUCAUUUGUAUUAUUAAUUUUAUCUCCAUCAUAUUUGAUAUGGUGGAGAAUAGGUCAUUAUUUUAUUCUAUUUAGAUAUUUUAUCUCAGUUUAAGUAUAUGAAUUAAUUUUAAAAAUUUGAAGAUCAUGAAGUGAUAACAUUAUAUGCCAACCACCUAAAUUAAUUCUUUCGAUAAAAAAGAAUAAUUUAGGUGGUUGGCCAUAUAAUAUUAUCACUUCAUGAUCUUCAAGAAUUUAAUAUUGGACUUGCCCCACACUGAGAGUUUUUUCCGUUACAAAUUUUUAGAACAUCUCCAAACAAGCAUAUCCUUAAAAUAAAGGGACGAGGGUCACCCUCAAAUAUAUUUUAAAAAGAAUUUAUAAUUUACAAUUUAAGUUUCAAUCUUAUUAAUAAUUAAUUAUAGUCACUAAACUUUCAUAAAGAAAUAAAAUAUUUAUGACAAAAUAUAAUACAAGUAGUCGAAUAUAAUCAUAAGUGGGACGAAAAAUGUUAAUAAAUUUUUUUUAAUGAAAAUAUAACGGUAAGUACUUUAAUAUGAUAAUAAAAUUUUCUUUAUACGAUUAUGAAACAUAUAUAAUUAUAGAAAUUAAACUGAAAAGUGAACAGCGUUCUGAGGAUAUAAAAAAUGCACCGUCAAUUUUUAGGAUAUACUAUUCACCCUUCUUCAAUUUUGAAAGGAUAAAAGCUGUCAGGAUGCAAAAACCUUUCAAAAUGAGAGGAUGAAGAGAUGUUGGAGAUAAUAUUAUAGCCUAUGGCAAUUUACCCUCAGCCAUUUUAUUGGGUCUUCCAAUGGUUGCAUGUUCGCAUAGAUUCCAUAUCUAUUAGACGCUAUGUAACACGCAUACAUGCAGCAAACGAUGGUGAUAAAAGGAAGAGGUGAUGAAGUAACGAAUGAGAGAUCGACAAGAAUCAGACUCAGAAGUGUUUAUAAACCACUCCUGUGUUCUGAAACUGGUAGGACAGUUUUGUACGCUAGUUCACUUCGAGUCUCUUCAUUACUGAUUAUAUACUAUAAUGUAUGUAUUGAAGAAGUAAGUGCACUUUUGUUUGUUGGUUUCUUGUUCAGGUCACUUCAAUUCCAAUAUGAUAGGCCUGUUCUUUUAAUUGCCGCUGCUGCGGCCACCGGUAGCGUAAAAAAAAGUCGCUAUGACAAAGGAAAAUUGAACGGGUUUUGAAAACUAAAUCUGACGCCAACAAGUUGGCGGAGACACAAUUAGCGGAGGUCGCUAACGCUGCUAGCUUUCAGCGUCAGAUUUAUUAUCUAUUUUUGCCGCAGCGACUGGGAAAAAAAAUCGGUUUCGCCCCGCCAGCGGUGUAUUUGCCAUGGAAAUAGGUGUAAUUUUUGAACGCUGACGCUGGUCGCAGAGUUUGCAAAAAGAACAGAGCUGAUAUCUUUUUGUGGAACAACGACUUAAGAAUUAAUUAAAACGAGCAAACAUUAACGCUCCAUGUGAGUUUUUUUGGUGCUAAAUCGCUCAAUGUGAAUUUUUAAUUCCUUUUUUAAAAUAAAUAUAUAUUAAUAUUUUAACUCGAAAUAUGAAAAUUCAGUUUCCAAUACAAACUCGAUUUGAACAAAACUCUCAAGUCGAUCUAUUACAUUCUAGUUUCCUCCAUCCACUAAACUCGGCACAUACCACUAACCCAAUUUUUGAAACUCUUUGGAAUCAAUUGCUAUUCUCAACCAUCGACGAAGAUUGCAUGAAGGUGAAGUUUUCUUCGUUGUCUCAGAUGCUGAAACUUUCCAAAUCAUCUCCGAAGUAGCUAGCUUCCGAUGAAAACCUCAAAACUUGUAACCAUUACUGCGGAUGACGCGCUUGAUGGACUAAAGAAGAGGAGGAAUCAAGAACCUUACCUAGAAGAUGCUUGAGAACCCAAGUUAUACACACUUCCAAGUCUCCAUUAACCGAGCAAGAGCGGGUUGAUGUCACCGCCACCACCAAACCUGAAGGCCUCUAAUCCUGCAUAAAAAAAUCAAGUAACACCACCGCAAGAGAGUAAAGAAGCUUUACUGCGCUCGGAUGUGAACUAAACUCAAGAGUUGACACAGAGGCGGUCAAUGACUCCCCAAGAACCGCCUCCACCACUUGAGGCCACCGAGAACCGAGAGCCCGGACUACGCUGGCAGAACCUGGAUUGUGCUUAAAUACAAGCACUGAUAAUGUUUAAAGCUCGAACGGAAAAAUAUGGAGUGUGUUUUAGGAUAACUAGGUCACAUGAUCAACUUAUCUGGUUAAGUGUCAAUAACUAUUCGUUUAUCAUUUUUUCAUAAAAAUAUGUAAUUCAGGACACAUUAGAAACAAUUCAUAUCUUACAGUUAUUGCAAGAAACUGCCAAAUAUCAUGGAUUUUAAUCAUGGUUUCUUUAUUUCUAAGUUCAAAUUUGCCACAAUAGUCGAUUUCACUGGAGUUUCUCAUUUUCAUAUACUUUAGUUACGUUUGGGGUUUAUCAGGUGAGUGCUAUAGUAUCACUGUAUCAGUAGAGCUCUGUACCAGCCAAUGCCCAAUGUGACUUGUGACCC